CGGUGCGCGCCGCCGCCCCGCCCGCCGGGCCAUGGACUCGGACGCCAGCCUGGUUUCCAGCCGCCCGUCCUCCCCGGAGCCCGAUGACCUCUUCCUCACGGCCAGGAAUAAAGGCAGCGGCGGGGGCUUCACGGGCGGCACCGUGUCCAGCUCCACGCAGAGCGACUCCCCGCCGGAGCUGAGCGCCGAGCUGCGCAGCGCCAUGAGCGCUGCGGGGGUGGUGGUGGUGGACAAGCUGGGCUUCAAGUCCUCGUCGUCGUCCUCCUCCUCGUCCUCCUCUUCCUCCUCCAAGAAGGACAAGAAGCAGAUGACGGAGCCGGAGCUGCAGCAGCUGCGGCUGAAGAUCAACAGCCGGGAGCGCAAGAGGAUGCACGACCUGAACAUCGCCAUGGACGGGCUGCGGGAGGUGAUGCCCUACGCGCACGGCCCGUCGGUGCGCAAGCUCUCCAAGAUCGCCACGCUGCUCCUGGCGCGCAACUACAUCCUCAUGCUCACCAACUCCCUGGAGGAGAUGAAGCGCCUGGUCAGCGAGAUCUACGGCGGCCACCACGCCGGUUUCCACCCCGCCGCCUGUCCCGGCGGCAUGGGCGCGCACUCGGCUCCGCUGCCCGGCCACCCGGCUCACCCGGCCUCGCACCCCGUGCACCACCCGAUCCUGCCCCCCGCCGCCGUCUCCAGCGCCUCCCUGCCCGGCUCCGGCCUCUCUGCCGUCAGCUCCAUCCGGCCCCCGCACGGGCUCCUCAAGUCGCCCUCGGCCGCCGCCGCCGCCGCCCCGCUGGGCAGCGGCUUCCAGCACUGGGGGGGGAUGCCGUGCCCCUGCAGCAUGUGCCAGGUGUCGGCCCCGCCGCACCACCACGUCUCGGGCAUGGGCACGGCCAGCCUGCCCAGAUUAGCCACCGACACCAAAUGAGCCCCUCGGCGGGGCGGCCCCGCCGCGCUCCCGGCGCCUCCAGGACCUACAAACGCUCCCCCCCGGCGGCAGCGGCACCCCCCCGAGGGGC